AUGAUCUCUGACCCAGCAGUGCCAAUCACAAACAACACCAGGCAGAAACCAAGCCGAGGCAACUGCGAAGCCAACACCGAUACCAACAUCAAGAACCAGCACGAAAGACCAGCCACCAAAGCCAUCGCCAUGGACCCGGUCCUCGUCUUCUUUUUCGUCCUCUUCAUCGCCAACGCUGUCGUCAGCAUUGGCCUUGCCCUUUUCGCCGCCGCCGUCGUCAAUAUGGACUGGGGCAUUGCCCCCGACGACGAUGUCAGGGAAAAGACCUUGGGCUGA